AUGGAGGCGACCGAACUACAAAGUCUGGCUGUCGUUGAGAUCUUUGAUAUUGGGAAAACUCCAGAAUUAAUGAGGCUGACAGUACCAAGUGUCUGUGAUGAAGUGAAAGUAGAUUUUAUUAUCAAAAAGAUCUGUGAAAUGAAAGGUAUUGACAGAAAACAGCAGAGAUAUUUUGGUCUGUUGCUAGGAGAUGAAAAACCUCUUAAAAAGUUUAAAUUUUCAGAUGAAUUACUGCUUCCAGUUAAAGGUGUAUAUUUUAAAAAAUGGUGUUUCUGUUUAAAAACAGAGAAGAGAUUAAUAAAAACUAACCCGGUUAUUGCUCAAUUAUUCUUUCAUCAAGCUCAACAUGACAUAAGCAUUGGUAGAUUAAAGCCCACCCCUGAUCAGUUAGCUAGUCUAGAAGAUUGUUUAGAUCCUGAGUUUUUAGCAGUAGAACAGUAUUUAUCUAUUUGUCAUACUAUACCAGGCUACGAUUCAUUAACAGUUAACAGCUGUCAACUGGUAGACAAUACAGCUAAAACUAUAGUCAACUUACCACAGACAUCAUAUAGUGUAGAUAUAUCUCAAUAUGGUUUAAAACUUAUAUCAGAAGAUACAAAAACAGAAUUCAGUGUUCAGUGGUUUCAAGUGUUCAGUUUUCGUUUAGAUCUAAGGGACAAUACUCUUACAUACUGUUUAGAAUUAAUACAUCAUAAACCUCAGACUUAUCUCCCCUUAAAAAGUGAACAAUGUGAAUAUAUGCUGGCUGUUACCUUGGAGAUGAUCAAUGAUAUUCAGGCUGAUGAUCCAAAUGCUCCGUCAUUUUACAUCACGAAUAUUUCUAAUCUACCAGAUGGCAGCACUGAGUGGGAGAAUAUAUUAUUUAAUUAUCGCGGGAAGAGAUUGGCGUUACUGAUUUUAAAUUAUAUUAUUGCCGAGAUGGUGAAUUUAUUGCUGGUCUAUGUAUAUUUAGAAUUGAUUUUGAAAAGAAACACUUUUGGCGUAAGACCAUUAAAGGGACAGAGAUUCACAGAAACAAUGAACGAAACCCAGUUGAUGCAGAGACAUGCCCUCUUCCAGAAGAGCUGGGUACAGAAGACCUGUUCCCAUGGUAACAGAGAUUCUCCUGACGGACAGAAACCUCUUGAUCUGAGUCAGGUGACCUCCAGAAUAGAUAGUGGUCUGAGGAGAAGAGAUCACGGUGUUGGAGAUGCCCUGAAGUCUACGAGAAUUCUACCUCCACUUCAAAGAUGUCGGGUCUCGCCUUCACCAGUAGCGCCGCCUAGGUCUUUACAUCGUAACCAUGGUAACAAAAAACUCAACAGUGUCAACAGACCGUGGCGGGAAAAGGUUCCGAAACUGAGUGACAACACAGAUAAACACAUUGAGAUUCAUUAUUCCAAGAUAGCACCUAAAGAUAAAUGGAUGGAGUAUAAACCUAAACGUUAUGUCGCUAACCCCAAAUACGGUUCCAUUUAUGAAAUAAGAAAAGAUAAAACAUCAAAGCCAGACCCAAUACCCCCACCUGCAACAUGGCUGUGGGAAAAUGAGUAUAAACUAUGGAGACUAGAUAAACUAAAAACACCACUUCCAACCAGAUGUUUAAAAAGAAAAGAGAUCACAGAACGAAAAGAAAGAAAAAACAGUGACGAGAGACCACAUGCAGAACUAUUUGCGGCAUACAAUGCAGAACUACUUUUAAAACAAAGGCGACAUGUUUGUGCAAUAGAAAUACAGCGACAAGUUCGAGGAUGGUUGAUCAGAAAGGCUAUCAAGGAAUUACGACACCAGGUGUUACGAGGAUUGAGUAUGACGUGGUGGGGAUUUAUCCAGGAUUACAGAGAAACCAUCAUCAGGAUAAAAUCUAGAUACGGUGUCAUGGAUAACUCUUGUAGAUUCAACUUAAAGGAAGUUUCAGAAUACGUCCAUUUUAGGGAAAAAUGUGAACAAGUGUUUCAUAAAAUGUCUCGAUGGGAGAAAAUGGAAAAAUUGGAUUUACCAGAAUUCUUUCGGAGGUGUGAUCUCUAUCCUACUGAAGGGGACAUAACUCGUGCCUUCAACACUAUAUUUAGAGGUUCGCUAAAUACAGCUGAAGUGGUCUUUGUGCUGGAUUGUUCGGCAAGUUUCGGUCCAGUGAAUUUCCAGCAUCAGGUGAAUUUUGUUAAAGAUGUAGUCCAGGGUUUCGAGGUGGCUCCAGAUAGAGUUCGAGUAGGUGUGGUGCCUUAUAAUGAAAGUGUGUUUCACUGUUUCGGACUGACCAAAUUUAAAAACCUUGAAGAGGUCAAGAACGCAAUGGAUUCGCUUCAGUUUAAAAAUGGAUUAACAAGAACUGACUUAGCUCUGAAGAUGAUGAGGCAAUUAUUCAAGUCUUCGCGACCUGGUGUUCAGAAGAUCGCGGUGAUUUUAACAGACGGGAAAUCCCCCGAUCCUGAUGGUACCAGACGCGAAGCGAGAUUAGCACGUGAUGAAAAUAUUGAUAUAUUUGCUAUAGGAGUUGGUCACACGGUAGAUAAAGAACAACUAGAAUAUAUUGGUGGAAGUCCAGACCACGUUAAAAUAUGUACAGAUUAUUCAUGCCUUAGUCAGUUCAGAAACCUCGUCCACGAUCGUAUGUGCAUGGUGUGUUGUGCCUUCUGUCAUCAAAUGUUACCACGCAUCCAGAAGGAAGGCCUGUACAAAUCCGAGGUGAUGGACAUCGUCUUUACUCUAUAUCCGCCGCAAGCAACAGACAUCGACCCAUCCAUUCACCAUCUUAGACCAGCGCCAUUAUUAUUUUCUGGAAGUGACCAGGCUGAUGGGAAAUCAAGGCAGAUAACUCCGGGAAUAUUAGAUGUUUGUCGCCCUUUGAAUAAAAGGGAGGUAAUUGAUAUAUUAUUGACGGUUUAUCCACCGGAAGCUACAGAUUUAGAUGCAAGACCUUCGAGAUGGAUUCGUCCUAUUGUUGAUGGAACCGAGGCCUGGUCACUUUUUGAUGAUGAAAUUCUCCAGCGGACAGACUACAAACAAUGUUUAAGGUUGGUGAUACAGGCAAAGUUAGACAGAGAUGGGGUCAUGGACAUACCAACAGAUCUCAAGUGGGGAGUGGAACAGGUGUCCAACAUCGAAGAAGCUUUAGAGAAGGUCGAAGCAUACCUUCAAUUAAAAAAGCAACAGCGCAUUGAAGGGGAAGAUUUAGACAAAGGAAGGGUUUCCGAUGAGAAGCUUUUGGAACAGAAGGAAGAAUUUGAUAAAGACGCUGAUGACAAUGCUGGUUCACGAAACACAAAGGCCAAUAUGGGUGAUUCUGAGCUAGGGAUCAAAGAGACGGGUUGUGAGUUUUCGAAUCCUAAAAGAAAUUCCAGUGAUGAAGGAUCAAAUCACAGCAUUUCUAACUUCGACCAAAAUGACCAAAGAACAGUGAACAUCGAAAAAACGAAGGAUGAGAACAUCGAAAAUAUUAGGAACAUCACAUCGAGAACACAAUCCCCAGAUCAAUCACCGUCUGAUCAAAAUCCACGACCUGGACAGACCAAUAUUUUACGCAUUAACCACGAAGAAGACCCAAACCUUGUUCAAUCCAGCUUACAAGUUUUAACGCUCAAUCAUAAGGACAAUACUGAAAUUCUGAAUGUUCGUGAACACGGGACGACCCGAAGGACACUGACGUUAAACAGUGAUCACAAGUAUUCCAAAGAGUUUCGAAGGGGUUGGGUGGGAAACAAAAACGCGAAAGAUAUUCCAAGCCCACCGAUUGGAGAUGAAGCAAAUCCAUCCGAGGAAUACAGUGAAGAUGACAAGUAUCAAACAUGGGUUGGACCAAACCCUUUCAUAAACCGAGAAGCAGGUGAUAUUGAAAAUCCUGAAUCUGAAAGAAGGCGAGAGAUGUUUGAAGACACUAGCUACUUCACAUGA